AUGACGACAUCGACGGCACGAAAACUUCCGGAACGCCGCCGCUUCUCCCGCCGCGCGCACUUCGCCCUGGCCUUCACCGCGACCUCGCUCGUCGCCGGUACCGUCUACGGAUGGCCGCCGCUGCGUCGAUCGCUGCUCCGGGAGACGAGCGCGCUCGGGGAGAAGCGCCUCGCGGCGCACUUCACCGCGGGGUCGUGGAGCGUGCAAGGCGGACGGUUCGUCGCGGGAUGGUCGAGAGAUAAGUACGGGACGAGAUUCACGGCAUGCGUGUGCUUGGGAUUCGUGUGCUUAGGGGCGAUCGCGGUCGCGAGCGCGCGAGCGACGGAUGACGCGCUGUUGACGUGCGGGAUGUUCGCCGUCGGAUUGGGAAGCGGUUUGCAACUGUGCGUGCAGCCGGUGGCGGCGUUGUUUCCGGAGUGUAAGAGCACGGUGAUGAGCGCGCUGAGUGGGGCGUUUCAGGUGAGUGGAUUGGUGUUCUUGGCGCUCACGGCGGGGGACGAGAGGAAGAUUGGGUUUUACACGUUCGCGGGGUGCGUCGCCGUGCUCCUCGCGCUGUGUUUCGUGAUGCUGCCCUCCGGUCAAACCUUCGUGGAGACGGCCGUCGUGGAGACGACGGAGAGCGACGACGGCGAGGAUGGUGGGAUAAAACGCGUGAGCAGUUUGCACGAACGCACGGAGGGGUUGGCGAACGGUUACACGCGAGCGGAGCAGAUGCGUUCGGCGGAGUACUUUGGCUUGGUCGUCUGGUUCACCAUCGUCGUGUGUCCGCUGCAAUUUUACAUCUCCGCCAUCGGGUAUCAGUUGGAACUCAAGGGGGACGAGAAAGGGGAGUACUCGAGCAUUUUUGCCGUCGCCUACGGCGCAGUCGCCAUAUUUGCCGCCUUCGGUGGACGCGUCGCGGACAAGAUUGGGUGCGGGGCGUGCCAAGGAUUGGCGACGGUGUUCACCGCGAUUUCCUUUGGCGCGCUCAUGGUGCCAAAGAGCGCGGGCAUGGGCGUGCAAGUGUUUGGGAUGUUUCUCUACGGAUUCGGUCGUCUGUUCAUAUUCGCCAUGUACUUUGCGAACGUAGGUCGACGAUUCGGAUUCGAGCACUACGGCACGCUGUGCGGCGUCGGGCUGUUGAUCUCGGCGAUUUGGAGUUUGGUGCAGUAUCCUUUGCUCUCGUGGGCCGUCGACACGGGGAGUCCGAAUGGCUCGAACGCGGUGUGCAUCUCUAUGCUUUGUUUGACGCUUCCGUACACGAUUUGGCUCGGUAAACGCGAGCGCAUCGAACGGAGCAAACUGUAA